CCUUUCUUCAUCAUCACCUUCUUUUGAACUGCGAAUCCGCCGACCCUCCAAAUUUACCGCCGGAAAUAGACACUGUAACUGCUACUCCUCCUCCAUUUCACACUCCAUGUUUGGUUUCUGAGUCGUAAAACGCAAAUAGGAGCAUUUUUUUUUCUGGAGAUGAGGAACUGAAAGGAAGAGAUGACGAUGGCUUCGAGUGCUCAUCGCAAUGGCGCUCUGCGAAACUCCUCGAAUCUCAAAUCAUCAUCGUUCAAGUCGAGGCUUCCUCCAUCGCAGCACUUCUGGAGGCGGAGCUCACCUUCAUUUGGAACGACCGCCGCUGCCGGAGACAACGGAGUGCCAGGACGAGUUCUAGUGGCAGUAAUAUUGCACCCUCGAAAUGUAGAAGAGUUGGUAGCGGAUGCAGAUUUUGCUAAUUGCGUAGAAUUACAGCCAGAGCUAAAGAGAUUGAAACUUCGGAAAAAUAAUUGAGACUCAGACACAUACAAGUUCGAUGAGGUGCUUACUGAGUUUGCAUCACAGAAACGUGAGAAGGGGAGGUUAAAAUGCCAGAUGGAGUACAUGGAAUCAGUUAAGAAGCUGGAGGAAAAGAUGAUAGAAAAUCAACAAAAGCAUAUCUUUAAUGGCUGCAUCCAUGCUAAAUGCAUUGGAGAGGGGCUUGAGGUUAUCAUUUCUGAGGAUGAUAGUGAGCUCAAAAAGCUGCAUGAGGAAGAAAUUCAUAUGAAAAAGGAAGCUGGAGAUGAGAUCAACAAGCUAAGAAGUCAAUCAAGGCAAUAUACAGAAGCAAGGGCAAGUGGAGAUGCAGAAAUCCUAAGGCUUCAAAAAGUUCUGGAAGACAAAGUUUAUCAAAAAAAGAAGUUCGAAGAAGAAAUAAUAAUACUUAGUAGCCAGCCAUUACAGUUGACCUUUGAAGCUGAUCAGAUGAGACAACGUCUUGGAAGAGGUGGGUUUGGAAAUGGUUAUGGUGGCCUCGGUUCACCAAUGUCCCAAGUCAAUCAUUCUCAGUUCAGAGAUUCAGGGGACAGACAGAAGACUCCAGUUGCAUCUCUCUUUGAACAAGUUGAACUGCAAAAAGAUCUUGUCCCUGCUUGAAUUGGAUGAUGUCAAUGUACAAAUUCAUGCAGUAAAAGUGGUGGCCAGCCUAGCAGCUGAAGAGUUGAACCAGGCAAGGAUUGUUGAAGCUGGUGGUCUUGAUUCCUUACUGAUGCGUCUUAGUAACUCCAAUGAUGAAACCAUUCUCAGAGUAGCAGGCUAGCAGCUGGUGCAAUUGCCAAUCUUGCUAUGAAUGAGACCAAUCAAAAACUCAUACUGGCACAAGGUGGAAUCAGUUUGUUAUCUAGUACAGCUUCUGAUGCUGAUGAUCAGCAAACUCUGCAUGGUUGCUGGUGCUAUUGCAAAUCUGUGUGGCAAUGACAAGCUACAACUAAGGCUGAGAUCUGAAAGUGGAAUUAGGGCUUUGCUGGGAAUGGUGAGAUGUGGACAUCCAGAUGUUCUUUCACAAGUUGCGCGAGGAAUUGCAAACUUUGUAAAAUGCGAGUCCCUAGCUAGCAUACACACAAGGUAAGUGCGGGAGAACUUGUUCCUUCAGCAAGGGACAAGGCAUUGAGUUGGCCCAAAGUCCUCCGAAAAUUUUGAAUCAGAAUUUACUUCCCUCGUAUUCCUUGCAUCCUGAUUGAUGGGGGCCAUCUUGACUCGGCCCAGGCGUGAGACUUUUCAGGCUUAAGUUCGUCUGAUUAGCAGAUAAAGGGCAGUUUGUGUUUGUUCUAUUUUAAAGUUUUGUUUUUUGUUUUAUUUCUUUUAAUUAAUUUUCAAGUAGAUCUAGGUCCAUGUUGUAAGUUUUAACGCUGAAACGUGGCUCAUAAUGUCUAUAGUUUAUGGUCCAUUUCCCAAAAAUGUCUUGAAAAGAGGCUCUUAGGCUUAAAUGUAGGCCC